AUGGAAAACGAAUUCUACAACGCGUUUGCUACUCCGAUCACUAUGGCACAGAAUGUGAACUCAGAAAAUGAAAUGGGCACCAUGCAAAAACCGCCUAAGCUCAUGAAUAUCGAGGAGUAUAACGGAUGGGAGGAACGUUUUGAAAAUUGGGUUCAAGCGAAUCACUUAGAUGCGUGGGAAUAUGUUGAACAACGAUAUGUUAGAUCGAUUGAUGAUGACGGAGAGAUUGUUGCUAUUAAAGAUUUAAGUGAUGAUGAGAAAAAGAAAUACAAAAGUGAAAAAAUGAUGAUCAGUAUAUUACAACAAGCCAUUAAGGAAGACAUCUUGAUCUUAUUGCAACACAACGGAACUACUCACUCAAUGUGGAAAGCACUAAAAACAAAGUUUCCAUUGGAUAUCAAGAAAAAGAAAGAUAGAGAAGAAUGGGUUGAAAAAUUGGCCGAUGCAUUGCCACAAGAUGUUUGGGGCACAUAUCUUAUGAUGUUGAAGAAUAAUGAUGAUUUUGCGAAUCUAUCAUUGAGCAAGUUUAUUGAAAAACUUGAAGUUCAAGAGAUGGAACAACGGAAGAUGGUGAAAAUGAAGGGCUUUAAUGGUGAACAAGACAUUGGUCUAUAUUACAAAGGAGAUCAAGAUGAUGAAAGGCUUCCAGAAGACUUUAGUUGGGAUAAGUAUGAUCCUAACAGAACUUCAGAAAAGGUAGCAUUUGUUGCUCAAAAUUUUGAAGAUUCAACUACUGAAGAAGAAAUGGCGUAUGCUUAUUACGAAUCUCAGCAAUACAGUCCUAAAAAGAAAGAAGAAGAACCAGUUUCAACAAGAAAGGCUUCAGAAAAAGCUCCAAUUUUUGAUCACUCAUCAGAUGAAGAGAGUAAAAAGGAAAAGAUCAAAGAAAGACAAGCUGCGAAAAAGAAGAAUCAUAAGGCAGUAACUGUUAAAGAAAAAGAUGACAGUGAUGAUGAAAAUGAUUUAUCCUACAGUAGAAGGGAUGAAAGCAUUUGA